GUGAUAACGAUAUUGGUGGACUGAAACUUUGUCGGUUUGUGUUUUAGAUUGUGCAUUAGUCUUUUAUAAUGUGACUUGCGAGAAAACUUAGUGAUCUACUCUGCAUAGCUCAGCGAUUUAUCGCAUUAAGUUGUUUAUGUGUAUUGUUGUGAAGCCAUGAUAAAGGAAAAUGAUGGUUCUGUCCCCGUUACACACACGGGACGAGCCCGGCGCCGUAGAGGUUCAAAUGAGGUUCCAGCUGAUGUGGACCAAUCAAAUGGAACGAAGUUGCUACCAAAUGAUCAAAAUAAGUAUAAAUCAAUGUUGGUGCGUGCGUAUUCAACUAUCUGGAUGAUCGGUGGUUUUAUAUUUGUCGUCUACAUGGGGCAUCUUUAUAUAUGGGCCAUGAUCGUCAUAAUACAAAUCUUCAUGGCGAAAGAGCUUUUUAAUCUGUUAAGAAAAGCACAUGAAGACAAACAGCUCCCUGGUUUCAGGCUAUUAAAUUGGCAUAUCUUCUUCACGGCGAUGCUGUUUGUAUAUGGUCGGAUUCAGUAGAGUUAACGUUUGUUCUUACUUUGCUUUUCCAGUUUAAUCCUAUGACAGUUGUAAUUUUCUAUUAAUAUU